AUGGCUCCGUCAUCGAGAUCGUCUCGUCCCAUCCGUUCCAGUCGCACCCAAGUCCAAUCCUACCAUGAAGAAAGCAGCUCCGAAGGUCGUGAUGACGAGGAUACCCAGUCAGACGAGGAACGAGCGAGGCGCUUGUCGCUCUCGCUGCGCCCCCGCAACUCAGCUCGCAUGCCCAAAUCCUACCGUGAGGAAUCCACUGACGAUGACUUUGAUGCCACCAAUGAUGAGCCGGAGGCUGUAGUCCCUACGAUUGACGCUCCUGAGCAUCUUACUUACCCGUUUACUGAGACGAACAGUCGAUCCGCGCCAUCACGAGCCCCGCGCAACCGAACGAUGAAGACUCGCUCCCAGACAAAGAACGUGGAAAAGCGCACAGGUCGGAGACGUAUCGAGCUUGGCCGACCGCUCAAAAAACGUAGGAAGGUUGAGGAAGAUAAUACGCCGAUUGUUACUUCGGGGGUCAUUCCACCAUGGCAAACUCUCCCAUACCACAUACUCUUUGAUAUAUUCUCCUGUGCAGCGAGCCCACUAAUGGAUGAAAAGACCGCGAGUAGGCAUAGCUCCGUCCAGUGGCUCGUGAACAUUGCUUUGAUGUGUCAUGCGUUUCAUGAACCUGCGCUGGCGGCUCUCUAUCAUUGUCCUCCCCUCCUGCCAGCAGCUAAGGCCCAUGCUUUGUUACAGCUACUGGCUAAGCCCCAAGACUCUCUUUCCACUAACUACGUUAGCAAGGUCAAAGAACUGCAUGUUGACGUUGAGAGUCUUUUAUUUUACAAGAGCGGACCGACUCUGGGAUAUUUUGAGUUGUCAAGGCUAAUUGAACGAACCCCUCAGGUCAAAACACUGCGUCUCUACCAUAAAGAAGAUUACUUUCUGGGCGGCUCCCCCUGGCUGAACCCAAGGUCGAGAUGGACAUAUCCAGAUUCUCUCUUUUCAUCACUGGUCUCCAGUUCAAUACACCUACGGUCAUGGGAAUGGAACAGUCGUUUCAUGGAGACCAGACAGCUGCUACCCGUCAUGCUAGAAAAACACUUGCAGCCCGCAUUUCAUAGACUCCAGGAACUUCGAUUGUUGCACUUAACUUCGGAGGAUGCGGAUGGUGACGAGUUGGGCUCCGACGAAAAUGAAGUGGUUCUCGCCACAGCACUACGAGAACUCCCGGACCUGCACCGCUUGGACUUUGUACAAUGUUCCAUUGUGAACGAAUACCUCUUCCCCAACUUGCCGAUGGGACUCACUUCACUCACCAUUAACAAUUGCGACAACGUCACUGCCAUGAAUCUUGGCUCAUUUCUCUUCUCUCAUGGCCAUCAUCUUCAAAUCUUAGAUCUGAGACAUAACCGCCAUCUAAGCCUAGCCUUCGCUGUGAAUCUUGCAGAGUCCUGCAAGAAUCUCGAGAAAUUCAGAAUGGAUAUAUCCAUGUAUGAUGCGUCGAGCUAUCACGACGUCGAACCCCAUUUUCAAACCCUGCUUGACCUGUCAACCGGUGUUCCAACCUGGCCAUCCACGCUGCAAGACAUUGAAUUGAUUCAGUUACGCAAAUGGGACGAUACGACAGCUGAGGUCUUCUUUGGGACGCUCAUCGAUGCGGCGUCUGAACUGCGAAGUUUGCGACGACUUGUGAUCAGUGCAAUCCUCAAGAUCGGCUGGCGAGAUCGUGCGUCCUUUCGAGAAAAAUGGAUAGGAAAGCUAGAGAAGACGUUUUUGCGACGAAGUCAACCCCCGGACCCGAACCUCCGAUCUAUCCCUCGCGCCGCUCCGCAAUCAGAUGUAACCCAUAGUCGUAACCCACAAGCCGAGGAGCCUCAUACGCACUCUGACACCCAACAUAGCGGGUUUUCGACGCCAUCUAAACGCAAGAGCGCGCGUCUUGCUCUGAGGAAAUUUUCUGAGACUGGCGAUGAUGAAACCGAAAACGCAGAGAAGCAGCAAUCCCGGGAGGCCAGCGACAAACCACUGACUGCGAGACAAGGCAUGUGUGAUGUAGUGAUGGUCCGUAUUGACAAUCAGCGUCCGUCCGAGACACAAUACAAUGAGGGGGAUUUCCUCGACGACGAGCUCAGUGGCGAUGAAGACUGGAAUGGGAAUGAUCUGGACGUCAAUGAUGGGAGACACGCGUGGUAA